GAAUUCCUGGAUCGAAUGUUUACAUUCUGAGCUAUUUCAUCAGCAGGCCUACAUCGACUACUCCAAAAGUUGCCCAACGAAAGCCCUCGGUUUCCCUCAACAUUUUCCGAAAAAAACUCGACAAAAACCCAGUAAGCAUCGUCUCUACGAUGUCGUGUCACGAUAACGGUGUGAAAAGUGUCGAGGAGACUUGUUACGGAUGUUUACACACGCCGAGUUAAGAAUUAAAUACAACACAGUGUUGAUUGUGUGCCCAUUGCGCUUUGGAAAGGAGUAAAUAAUUUUUCUGCGUUGAAUAACAACAUCAGGAGAGUUAACAAUUGGCAGGAUGCAACAGGAGGGAACACCUAAGUUCCUGAAGUAUCAUCAGGGCAGCGUGAGGAGCGUCGCAUUCAGUCCAAGGGAGAGAUACCUAUUUUGCUCCGGAGGUUACGAUGGAAAAAUUAUCUUCUACUCUGCCCUGCGAAUGGAGUCACUCAUGCACUAUCAGAUAACACCGCAUUACAUCACGCAGGCCAAGAAUGUUAAUGCUGUUAAAUUCACCUCAGAUGGAUCCAAAGUAAUUGCAGUUACCAAUGCUCGUAGAUUAGUGGUGAUUGAUGUGGAGAGAGGGGCACAACUGUUGAGCUACGACAAUUGUGCAUUCGGGGGGAAGGAUCGCACUGGAUUGGCCACUGAUCCUGCUAGACCGAAUUUAGCUAUUUCUGUUGCUGUUAAUGGAAAGGGAUUGACACUGGUUGAUCUCAGGAUGCCUCUACCAUUAGAUUUUAUUUAUGACCUACAUGGCUCUGUCAUAAGGGACAUAUGUUUUUUGCCAUCCUCAUGGCCAUGGCAAAAUUCAAUAUUGACGGGCGGUACCGAUGGUACGUGUAAAGUGUCAUCCCCCGAUGGACGGGUGUUGCAUUCUUUCCAGCCUGGACACAGCGUCAACACUGUGUGUGUCACACCAGAGCCUUUCAGCAGAACCGCUGAAGAUGGAUACUACAGUUUGAUAAUGAGUGGCGGUGAUCUAGUAUCUGCUUACGUACCAAACACUGGUAUCCAGCAAUUGCUCAAGGAACACAAAGAUUCACCAGUGUGGAAGUUGCGUUAUACUUCCAAUGGAAGUACUUUAUAUUCUGUCUGUGACGGAGGAAUUCUGAGGCGUUACAGGAGGUAUCCUGAUCACCACGAGCACAUUGGCGAGGUUUAUCGUCACAAGGGGGAUAUCCAGGAUCUCGAUGUCUCUGCCUGGGACGAAUAUGUGAUUACAGCUUCCAAAGAUCGCAGCGUCGGAAUUCUCCUGCUUGGCUCGCCGAAUCACGGCUUCACAGAGUACACUGAACUCACCUGAUGUCCAAGAACAAUAAAUUCCGUCCUAUUCACCGAUGUCGGCCUAACAAGCCCGGAAUUAAUAUUAAGGAUAUUAUUCAUGUUGAAUAUAAAUUUUUGUAACUUAAUAUUAAAGAUAAGACGUUGUUAUUUUGGUAUAUAAGGAAUUUAUUGAGACAUUGUACAGUAACGGGAAUUGGAAGGAAAUAAAAGGGGAGAUGAGUCCAGAAGGGCGGGUUUUUAUUAUUCUUGGAAUAUCUCCGGAGGCAAGACAUGCACGAAGAAAUGUCAAAACACUUUGUGGAGAAUUUCGGGAGCAAAAAGCAAAAAGGUCUGCCGUCUUCUCCUGAACUUCAUAAUUUCAGAGAUAUCUACGGGAUGAUCUGAAUCUAAUUUUUGAAUUCAUCUCCUCCUAAACUAAUAUUUUAUUGUUGAUUAUUAAAUUAUUCCAGAAAGCAUUGAAUGAUAAUAAUGAUAAGUAUGAGUGGAAAAUGAAAAAAAAUUGAGAAUUUCAUGUGCAGUUUUUUUUACAAAUAUAUCCUAAAUAUGUAUGAAGUUCUUGAGAAUAUCAAGAACUCAGCCAUGAGACCGUUAUUUUUAUAACUUUGUAAAUUGAAUAGUUUUUUUUUUCAUAGAAAAAACUAUUGUGACCUGAAUUGCAAAAGUAAAUUGCAGAAUUUUCGAUAGAAUUGACGGAAAAACACAUCCAAUUUUUACCGGAUUUGAAUAGAACUUCAUUACACAAGGAAUCAUUUUCGUACAGAAUUUUAUGUACCAAAACAAUCUCUUAUCAUUCAUUCCCUCCUUUAUUUUCAUCUUCUUCCCUAUAUUAAUAAGAAGAAAUUGAUGACAACUGAAGACAGUCUAAGUUCUUGUUUUCACUGUAUUUUUCUUUGUUUCUUAUAAUAAAAUUUAAGGAAACCUUUAAA